AUCUUUUCGCCGUGUCAACGUCCUGACCCUAUCCUAUAUCUUCUUCUCACGACCCUAACCAACAAAAAACAACGAUCAUCAAAAUGACCGGAGGAAAGUCUGGAGGCAAGGCCAGCGGUAGCAAGAACGCCCAAUCUCGCUCGUCCAAGGCCGGUCUUGCGUUCCCUGUUGGUCGUGUUCACCGUCUUCUCCGCAAGGGCAACUACGCUCAGCGUGUCGGUGCUGGUGCCCCUGUUUAUCUUGCCGCCGUUCUUGAAUAUCUCGCCGCCGAAAUCCUUGAAUUGGCAGGCAAUGCUGCCCGUGACAACAAGAAGACCCGUAUCAUUCCCCGCCAUCUCCAGCUUGCUAUCAGAAACGAUGAGGAGUUGAACAAGCUUCUGGGCCACGUCACCAUUGCUCAGGGUGGUGUCCUCCCCAACAUCCACCAGAACCUUUUGCCCAAGAAGACCCCUAAGAGUGGCAAGGGCUCGGGUAGCCAGGAGCUGUGAACUAUUUUUCUUUGGUUUGGGUUUUCUGAUUCGGCGUGGAUUGGUUCUCUUAUUGAUGUGAUAACGGGGUUCUGGUCUGGGCACGUUAAUGGCUCUGCGUUGUUUUCUUCCUUUUAGCUUUUAGUUUCAUGGUUGUACAUUAUGUCCACGGACAUGGAAUGAUACCGAGAAUUAUUUAUGGAUACAAACCUUCAAUAUGCU